AUGCCUUGCCCUGAGCUACUGCAAGAUAGUCAUUUUCGAAAAAUCGGCCUAGGCGGUGGGUGCCCAGGAGCUAGGCGGCAGCCUAGGCGGAUUUCAACUACCAAAGACUCGGUGAUGGUGGUGACCAAGGACGAGUACGAAAAAUGCCAUUCUGCUCAGCCCAUCUUCUUCUCCAACAAUGGUGUGACCGUGUUCACAUUGGACCGGCCUGGUUUGUUCUAUUUCAUUAGUGGGGUUUCUGGGCACUGCAAGAGAGGCCAGAAGAUGAUCAUCAAGGUCUUGGAACCAGCAGGCCCACCUCAAUCUGGUGACCAGAACGAGCAGAAGAAUGAUGCUGCAGUUGCAAUGGCCGCCAUCACUUCUGCAACUCUCAUGUCCUGCAUUAUGUCAUUUGUGGGGAUUUCAACUACCAAAGACUCGGUGAUGGUUGUGACCAAGGACGAGUACGAAAAAUGCCAUUCUGCUCAGCCCAUCUUCUUCUCCAACAAUGGUGUGACCGUGUUCACAUUGGACCGGCUUGGUUUGUUCUAUUUCAUUAGUGGGGUUUCUGGGCACUGCAAGAGAGGCCAGAAGAUGAUCAUCAAGGUCUUGGAACCAGCAGGCCCACCUCAAUCUGGUGACCAGAACGAGCAGAAGAAUGAUGCUGCAGUUGCAAUGGCCGCCAUCACUUCUGCAACUCUCAUGUCCUGCAUUAUAUCAAAUUUGUGGGGGUCCUUUUCUUCUAAUUGCAGUGAUCAGCAAUGGUUACUAUAA